CCAAAAGCUUUUGGAUAUUUGAAGCGAAUAAAUGUGGAGUUGGGUCAGCAGCGGGUCAUGCUGAGCAGGACCGCAGUCGCCCAGGCUGGCAGGUAGAUGAGCGUCCCGUAGGCAGGCUGCCUGGGAAAAGCCACGCCGGGGUGUUCCGCUUCCAUCAGGACUGGGUCCAGUGCACGCCGAGAUCCCUGCGGAUGCCAUCCCACCUGCUCCGAAAAGCGAGGGUAUUGGACCUCCCCCGCGCCCAGCACUUGGGACUGAACCUGGCUAACUCCAGAGGGGUUACAGAAACAACCAAACUAGCCCCGGAGCCAAAAGCAUGGUGGACCAGCCUGGGGUUUGCACCAGUACUGCCAUGUUCGUGCGGUGGCAUGCCCCAGCUUCCAAACCCUGGUACCCUGGGGACAGUCUGGAUCUGAAAUGUCACUACGAGAACGUGCCUGGUCUGCUCAAGGACCUUGGCUGCAUCAGCUUUUCCCAGCAGCUAAUGCUUGCAGCAGGGGUGGUAGCUUUGGACCGUGCAUAAUGAUCACCCAAGUCACCCGUGCUCCUGAAAACCGAGUGACUUCUUCCGGCACUGAGGUGGGAGCUGCAUCAUCCCAAAGCCCUGCCCUCUCGUACCCGGGUAUCUCCAGUCUCCAAAUACCAGGGAUGUGCUGAUGGAGAUAAGUGUCCACCCACCUGAGGGGCAAGCCUGAGAGCAGGGUCCCCCGUACCUGGAGGGUGAAGGUCCCGUGUGCCAGGACAGUGAUGGAGAAAGGUCUUGCCAACUUUCUGAGUCACGUUAUUUUACUAGCGUGCCAUGUCCUAUUGCCAGAAACCCUCCCACCUUGGGGGGUUUGGACCAUGGUGAUGCCACUCGGCUUCCCGCACCCCAACGCCUCUGCGGGAGCCGGGAAUGGUCCCUCUCCAGGAGGGGCUUGGCAGCCUGGCUCCAUGCCGGGGGCAGCCCCUGAGCUUGGUAUUUCGGAGAUGUAACCCCCAUGAUGGUCCCUCCUUUUGGUCGCGUCCUUCUUCCCAAAUGAAAAAAGAGACGGCAAUGCCAAGACUUCCCGCCUCCGUAGCGAAGGGAAACACGUGUGGGUGAGAGAGUUGGUCCCUUUCACUAGCUCAUUAAUUCAGUAAAUUACAAAGGGAAAUACAUGCUGGGAAAAGCAAGAAAAAUCCCAAAAGUUAAUCCAAGAGUUAUUUCCUCCCAGUACCUGGAUAAAAACACGUUCUUCAGAGCUCCUCAGGUCAGACGUCAGCGGGACAGGUGAACCCACGUCAAAGGAGGAGGUCUCCCAGGCAGCCAGCCGUGUCUUCAACCCGCAGCAAGAUGAAGGGAUCCCACUUGUUCCUCUGCCUCUUCUCCAUCUCGUGCUGGUUGAAUUUGAUGCCGACAGCUGGGAACAAAACCUUCCACUUUGGACCCUGCCAGAUUUCACUGAGCGUGACCGAGAUUAGGUCCGGUUUCUCGGCAAUUAAAGCCAACAUCCAAGCCAGGGACCCCAUCCGGACUCUGAGCAUCUUGUCGCACCCGCACUCUCUGCACAAGGUUAAGUCUUCCGACAGAUGCUGCAUCACCCAUCAGCUCUUCACCUUCUACGUGGACAAAGUCUUCAAACACUGCAAGACCGAGGAUUCGUAUGUCAACCGAAAGAUCAGCAGCAUAGCCAACUCCUUCCUCAGCGUGAAGAGGAAGCUCAGGCAGUGUCAUGAGCAAAAUAAGUGCAUGUGCGGACAGGAAUCCACUGAGAAAUUUAAGCAAAUACUCGCAAACUACGAAGGGCUGAACGUCACCUCUGCAGCAAUUAAAUCCCUGGGUGAGCUGGACAUCCUGCUAGACUGGAUGGAGAAAUCUCCUUAGGGAGCAGAGGGCGUGAGCAACCCGCCAGCGCCUGGGGCAGAGGAAGCUGCUGGGACAUCGCACG